AUGGCUGGGGCCUGGAAAAGAAAAAAGUGGGUCUUCGGAAUGCUGGGAGUGCGGCGCAGAAGACAAAGCAAAGAGAAACCUGUGCUCCGCUUGGUGGAGAGGCGAAGCAGAGCCACGCUAGUGCCGUUAAUUAAUCGGUACAUCAGGAGAGGGUCAACCAUCAUUAGUGAUGAGUGGCGAGCUUACAAUGAUCUGCCUCAACUAGGCUACAGGCACUAUACAGUAAACCACAGUGUUGCCUAUGUGAAUCCAGUAACAGGGGCCCACACCCAACAUAUAGAGAGAGCCUGGAGAACAUAUAAGGAGAAGAUCUGGCGACUUAGAGGAAACUGCUCAGAGGAGCUUCUUGAAGACCACCUUUUGGUCAUUGAGUGGGAAGACUGGCUUGCAAGGAAACACCGACAUAGCCCCUUAGGUCGUCUACUGCAUGACAUGCGGGUCAGGCAGGGACAUUUCUACCUCAUGGUGGAGACUCAAGUAGCUUCUACUGACUAA